AUUUACCCAUUCUGCAAUCUGUCACAUGAAGCUGCUGUAUUCUAGGAUGCAUCACAGAUGGAAGAUUUUGUCUCCACAGCCACAAUGCUCUGUCUGCUGAAUCUCAUCUGCGCUGAUUUGCAAGCCCAAAGCUGUCACAGAUCCCAAUUACUCACUUAAAAGAGGAUUCAGUCAGUACAAGAGAAACAGUUACAUGACAUUAGUUACACGAUAAUUUCUGUAUCUACUUUCAGAAUGCUGUACAAAGAAGAGCAAAUUAUGACAUCGACAUCUAAAGGAAUUUUCCGGCCAUUUUUUAUUAUCUUCAUUAUCCUUGGUUGUUUCAUGGCAUUUAUAUUAAUUUAUAUCAAACCAACAAAUAGCUGGAUUUCUGGUCCUAUAGAAUCAGCCAGUUCAGUCUUGAAAAUGAAGAACUUCUUUUCUUCCAAAACUGAUAAUCUCAAUGAAACUACUGUUUUGAUCUGGGUGUGGCCAUUUGGUCAGACAUUCGAUCUAACAUCCUGCCAAACCAUGUUCAAUAUCCCUGGGUGCCAUCUGACUAUUGACCGCUCGCUAUAUAACAGAUCCCAUGCUGUUCUCAUUCAUCACAGAGACAUUAGCUGGGAUCUGGCUAAUUUACCUCAGCAAGCCAGGCCACCAUUCCAGAAGUGGAUUUGGAUGAACUUGGAGUCUCCAACACACACUCCACAAAAGAGUGGCAUUGAACACCUUUUUAACCUGACCCUGACUUACCGGCGUGACUCAGAUAUCCAGGUGCCUUACGGCUUCAUGAUGGUUGGUACGAGUUCCUUCACGUUUGAAGUACCAAGUAAGGAGAACUUGGUCUGCUGGGUUGUGAGUAACUGGAACCCCGAGCACGCUCGAGUCAAGUAUUACAACGAGCUUAGCAAAUACAUUGAAAUCCACACCUACGGACAAGCCUUCGGAGACUACGUCAACGAUAAAAACUUGAUUCCAACUAUCUCCUCCUGCAAAUUCUACCUUUCCUUUGAAAAUUCAAUCCACAAAGAUUACAUUACUGAGAAACUUUACAAUGCUCUUCUGGCUGGAUCAGUACCAGUUGUACUGGGCCCUUCCAGAGAAAAUUAUGAGAAUUACAUUCCAGCAGACUCUUUCAUACAUGUGGAAGAUUUUCUCUCCCCCAGAGAGCUGGCAGAAUAUCUUCUGAUGCUUGACAAAAAUAACAAGAUGUAUCUUAGUUAUUUCAACUGGAAGAAGGAUUUUUCAGUGCACCUUCCUAGGUUCUGGGAAUCACAUGCAUGUCUUGCCUGUGAUCAUGUGAAAAGACACCAGGAAUACAAGUCCAUUGGAAAUUUAGAAAAAUGGUUUUGGAAUUAAUUUUUGGGGGCUGUGUGUGGGUGUGGGGGUGUGUGUGGGGCUGUGUGCAUGUGCGUGCACUUUUUUGAAGAAGCCAGAAUGGACUUCAGUCCAAGUGGAGAGGGAAGGAAAAGAGAAAAAAAGGAAAGAAAAGAGAAUCUCAUGUCAUGGUUUAUCAGUUGUUUUCUCUUGGCUAUCCUAUUUAUAUUUUGUAAGAGAUUUAAAAGAUCAGCAGCAGCAGUCAUCAGCACUCAGUUUCAAAUUAUAAUAGACAUAAUAAUGUGCACUGAAGAGUAUUUGAUUGCUUAUUAUAAAUUUAAAACAAAAUUUUUCACAUUUUCUGUGAAACAUG